GCGCAAUUUUGAGGUGGUUAUACUUUCUCCACGCACACUCACCACAUUCUACAACUCAUUAUCUUCUUCUUCUUCACCAUCAAACCCCAAACCACCAUAACCACCCACUACAAAUGAAGCUCCUCAAAUCCCCAUCCCUAAUCUCCACUCCAAACCCCAACAAUCUCACCACAAUCAGACCCACCAGACACAGUAUUCGCACAAAAGUUUCAAUCAAACCUCCACCACCAGAAUUCGACUUCAGGACCCAAAUAUUAACCGGAUCUCGAGCCCUAAUUGCUGAAUCUCACCCGGAACUGCUCGAUUUAGCAGACGAAGGGAGCUUAGUUGUCAUAAGAAAGAGCCAAUUCGGUCCGGUUCCGGCGUGGCGGGCUGAUUUUGUGGAGCCGGAGUGUAUUUGGCUGGUUGGGACGAAUCAUGUGUCGGAGAAAUCGGCUGGUGAUGUUGAACGAGUUGUGCAGGCUGUGAGACCUGAUAAUGUGGUUGUUGAGUUAUGUAGAAGCAGACAUCAUUUUCAGAGCAGGAAUUAUGUACACCUCAACUGAUGACACCGAGGCCGGACCAAUGCUAAAGUCCAACCCGUUUUCAUUAUCUGGUUCCGGGCUCUUUGGAGCCGUUGGUCGCAGCAUCAAUCUUGGUGGUCAAACAGCUCUAGCGUUACGCCUAUUAUUGGCAACAUUUUCUUCAAAGAUUUCUUCAAACAUUAAUCGCCCUUUUGGGGACGAGUUUCGUGCAGCACGAAAAGCUUCUGAGGAAAUUAGUGCUCAGGUUGUACUAGGAGACCGGCCUAUAGAAAUAACGCUCGAAAGGGCGUGGAACUCGCUAAAUUGGAAUGAAAAACUAAGCCUCAUUACCUCGGUUCUUAGUGGCAUAACAUCUGCAGACCAGUCAAAGAUAGACUUUAAGGAAUCAACAGCAGAUCAAGACACUGAUUUUCAACUUUACGAGCAAUUGAGUUUCUCGUAUCCGUCACUUCUGCAACCUUUGAUCCACGAACGUGACACUUAUAUUGCUUGGUCGUUGAAGCGAAGCAAAGCCGUAAGAAACAGUAAAAGGGUGGUAGGGGUAAUCGGAAGAGGACAUUUGAACGGUGUGAUUUAUGCACUAAUCUCGGAUCUUGGAGACUUGCGGUUUCGUGAUCUCACAGGAGAGAGGCGCUCGACUGGCGGGUCUUUGGUUGAAACCAUUGUCAAAAGCUUGGUGAGAGACACGAUAAUCGGGGUUGUGAUAUGGGCUUUGUAUGAACAGUUAAAGAACUGAUGCAUACCAAAAUGUUAUGCCAAAGGAUUUCGAGGGUCAGCAUCGACGAUUUUGACUCUGUUUUGUGCAAUAAGAUCGUUUUUAUUGUAUUCUUAUUUGAUUAAACAUGGAUAUAUGAUUGAAGUAAAUAAUACUAUGUUUAAAACAACUAUGUUAGAAAAGGGAACAACAGGUUUCAAGUAGGUAAUAAACAUCAUUAUAUUUUGAUAUAGAGUAAAUUACGUUU